UGCGUCUAGGCUGCCAUAAUGGGGCUGCAGCUGUUCAGAGAGCAACAAUAACAAGAUCGGCAAGCUUCUGUAUGUACACACAGCCGUAGAUACCCCCUCACGAGCACGAUUUAUGUGGCUUCGAUAUACCGUUUAACAGCCCGAACCACAGGCUUCUUGUGACAGAGGUUCCCGGCAAGAUAACUCUGGCCUCCGCUUCCUCCUCUUCCGACUCGGAAACCGGCGGAGCUUCGCCGCCCCCGCGGAAGAAACACCGUUUAUCGGUGGCGGAGGGAGCAGGAGAGACCGGGGAUCCAAGUGGGACAUCGGGCCUCUCUGCGGUUGUUGUGGAACUCUCUACUUUUGCUUCCAAUCCCUCCGUGUCAACCAUCCGCUUUAACCCAUACAAUACCAACGACAUCAGCAUAACUAACAUGCAGGCAAACGGGGCAGGACAGGGACAAGACUCGGAGCUGUCCUGCCUAAAUAACACCCAAAACGGCGAAUCGGCGUCCACUGGGGAAGCGCACUCAAAUGGCCUUAUAGCCACAACAACAAACAAUGGAACUGCAGUUAGUACCAACAAUGGUAUUGUGUCCACGGGGAAUUCAGACGUUUCUAAUGCCACAACUUCGAAUUCAGAGCCAGGUUCAUCGAUGAAAAAGAAGAAGCGUCUCUCGCAGUCUGAGGAAGAUGUCAUUCGACUCAUAGGGCAGCAUCUACACGAUUUAGGGCUGAAUCAGACGGUGGACCUGUUAAUGCAAGAGUCAGGCUGUCGCCUGGAGCACCCCUCCGCCACCAGGUUCCGCAGCCAUGUCAUGGAAGGAGAGUGGGACAAGGCGGAAAGUGACCUCAAUGAACUGAAGGCACUGAUGCACUCGCCAGGGGCUAUCAUGCGUAUGAAGUUCCUGCUGCUGCAGCAGAAGUAUCUGGAGUACCUGGAGGAUGGGAAAGUGCUGGAGGCGCUGCAGGUGCUGAGAGCUGAACUCACCCCCCUCAAGUACAACACAGAGAGGAUCCAUGUCCUUAGUGGGUAUCUGAUGUGCAGCCAUGCGGAGGACCUGCGGGCCAAGGCGGAGUGGGAGGGCAAGGGCACCGCCUCGCGCUCCAAACUACUGGACAAGCUGCAAACGUACCUGCCCCCAUCGGUGAUGCUGCCCCCUCGGCGGCUGCAGACCCUGCUGUGGCAGGCUGUGGAGCUGCAGAGGGAGCGCUGCCUCUACCACAACACCAAGCUGGACAGCAGCCUGGGAUCCGUAUCACUGCUACUGGACCACGUCUGCAGCAGGAAACAGUUCCCGUGCUACACGCAGCAGAUCCUGACAGAGCACUGUAAUGAGGUCUGGUUCUGCAAGUUCUCCAACGACGGCACCAAGCUGGCCACCGGAUCCAAAGACACCACGGUGAUCGUCUGGCAGGUGGACUCGGAGACGCACCAGCUGAAGCAGCUGAAGACGCUGGAGGGCCAUGCCUACGGGGUGUCCUACCUGGCCUGGAGCCCUGACGACACCUACCUGAUCGCCUGCGGACCAGACGACUGCGCUGAGCUCUGGUUAUGGAAUGUGCAGACAGGGGAGUUGCGGACUAAGAUGACCCAGUCUCAUGAGGACAGCCUGACCAGUGUGGCCUGGAACCCUGACGGCAAACGCUUCGUCACCGGGGGGCAGAGGGGACAGUUCUACCAGUGUGACCUGGACGGUAACCUGCUGGACUCGUGGGAGGGCGUCCGUGUGCAGUGCCUGUGGUACCUGGCGGAUGGCCGCUGUGUUCUGGCCUCUGACACACACCAACGGAUCCGCGGAUACAACUUUGAGGACCUCACCGACAGGAACAUAGUCCAGGAGGACCAUCCCAUUAUGUCCUUCACUGUGUCGAAGAAUGGGCGCCUGGCUCUGCUGAACGUAGCCACUCAGGGAGUGCACCUGUGGGACCUACAUGACCGUGUGUUGGUGAGGAAAUACCAGGGGGUCACUCAGGGCUUCUACACCAUACACUCCUGCUUCGGAGGACACAACGAGGACUUCAUCGCCAGCGGUAGUGAAGACCACAAGGUGUACAUCUGGCACAAGCGUAGUGAGCUGCCCAUCGCGGAGCUGAGCGGCCACACGCGCACGGUCAACUGCGUGAGCUGGAACCCCGCCCUGCCCGGACUCAUGGCCAGCGCCUCCGACGACGGCACCGUCCGCAUCUGGGGGCCCGCGCCCUUCCUCGACACGCAGGAGACCGAGGGCCUCAGCGAAUGCUGCAACAUGGACAGCUGAUGGUGACUCUAAACCUCAAGGACCUGCGGCGUCCAGAGCUUCGAACAAUGUAACGCACACUACAUAGACUAUAGCAGCAUUGAAUCAAGGCUAAUGCCAAGGACAAGAAGAAAAGGAUGAGGAGGAGGAUGAUGAUGAUGAUGUUGAUUAAGACUAUAAUGAAGAAAAAUGGCGGCCAUGUUUUCAGACGUCCCUCUGCUGGAAGUGCAGAGCGGCGACGUCCAAUGGAACUGCUAGACUCGUGACUUGAACGGAACACUCACUCCCCAGCCCCCAGCGACCUGCGCUUGAUUGGUCAGUUGGUCCGGCUGGCUGGCUGGCUGGCUGGCUGGGAGAAACCCAGUGCGGCUCAUCACUUUACUUUACAUCAAUGCUGGUGGUGGCGUUUGACCUUUGACCUCGACCUCCAUUUGACCCCUUGCCCCCUAAGCGUCCCCACCAACUCGCCCUAUAACUCCCCUCCCUAUAUCUUCUACCCUUUUAGUGGUGACACGCUACCCCCCUUAAAUCCCAAAUCCCAAACCCCGACCCCACCUCACCCAACACACUUGAACUACGCCACCACUCGUUAUUUAUUGCUCAUUAUUUAUUAUUGUCGUGGGUGGAUCUGACUGGAUCCAGCCUUGAGUUGGUGUUGUGGUGGUGGACACACACACACACAUA